AAGUAGUGUCUGCUAGGCUUGUUAGCCGUCAAAGUCCUGCCUUGUCCGUUUAACGAACACUUUACCUUGCCCUCCAACCUUGCCAGCGGACAGGCACGCAACGAAAGCGGGCCAAUUAGUUUGGUUGGACACCAGGGAGGGUUGGCGGAGUCUCGUCAACUGGCAGCUGGCCAAGGCGCACGCACUGUGGCGUCUCCGUCGCCCCUGGAGCGGGGCAUCAGGUGACGUGGGCGGUUGGGGAGGGGUCGGAAGAUAUAGCACUUUUGUUAUAGUGCGUCAGAGGCGACGACGACGAUGGCGCGGAAGUAGCUGGCCACCGCCCUUGCCCCUCUCCUACUCGUAUGCCAGCAACCUGUGGCCUUGACAGCGCCCGUUUUGAUUUAUGCGGCAUUUUGCAAAAGUCAACAAAUGAAAAUGACACAGAAAUAAUGCCAAGAGAGCUGUUUUCCACUAUUCCGAUUUCUUUUGCCCCAAGGUCAGGCGCACAAAUAGAUGUCGGCAGUGCCACCCGCUGGACCUCCGCCAUGGAUACAGAUUCCAUAUGUACUCCCUGCAUCACAAUGGCAUGCUCCUUACCAAUUAGAAGCAGUUUCAAGAUAUCACGGAUUCGUUUAAAACAGCACUGGGAUCAGAAUUCCGAUUGAGAAUACUUGUAAGUCCCGAAACGGAAACUCAUCGAGUAAUUGAAACCAAACCGGCAUGGGCUCGGUAGGAAGUCGUCAGCUCAACCCCGUCCAACUGUGUGACCACCAGCAGGCCACAGGGCUGUCCGCAGAGCAGCUAGAGCAGCUGCACACGCGGUUCCGCAGCCUGGAUCGCCACCAGCGCGGCUAUUUGACGCCCACCGACUUGCUGCGCAUUCCGCAGCUAUCCCUCAACCCGCUUCACCGCCAGAUCAUCGACGGCUUCUUCCCCAGCCGUGACCCCAGCGCGCGUAUCGGUUUCAAGCAGUUCGUGGACACUUGCUCCACCAUUUUGGUGCCACAGUUUGGACGCGGUUCAGUGAGGCGGCGCGACGGGCGUGUUCAGAAGCUUCAACUCCUGUCCAAGAUGUUUGACACGAGGCGCAGCGGCUGCAUCACACGCUCCGACUUCCGCCAGAUCAUGCGCAGCAUUGUCAAUCUGGCCUGGAGUCAGCAACAGGAUCAGGAACGUCAGGAGGGGCUUUCCGAGAACCGUUUGCCUGAGGUGGAGGCCGAGUUGCAACUUUUAGAGCAUCAGGCCUUUGGCUUCUGCUGCGACCAUAUCUCAUAUGGGGAGUUCGAGAAGCGCCUGUUUAGUGUGGACGUCGACAGACGGCUGUCGAUCGCCAAGUGGCUGGAGGACGAUGACGAGGCCGAUGCCGAGAUGGUACUGCCAGUUGGCUCAGGCCCGUAAAGCACCACACGCCAAAACACUCACAUGUUGUGUUUGUGUUUUCAAUAUACCAUUCACUUCCAUCCAGUGAGAUAGGAAUCAGGGAAUCCUCCUUUAUCGGUGUGGGUACUAGGAAAAUUGUAGUCCAAAUUGAGCAAAUAUAAUUUAAGUCCUUACAUUUAAGUUACAAAGGAAUUAGGUCACAAAAUCGUAUGCGUUAAGUAAAAAUAUUAUGAACCACCG